UACAUAUGACUAAGAAAAUCCGAUCCCUUCCAUUAUUAAAUAACCAAAAUUGUCUCCCCCAAAUCUCAAUCAUCAAUCAUCCAACCAUUCUCACUUAGCACCUCUUUUCCAUUUACUCCAAUCUCCACCACUUCUCUUAUACCAACCUCAACCACCACCAUUUUCUUCUUUUUUUUCAUCCAAAACAAUAAAUUAAUUUGAUUUUAAUAAUGAUUAUAAGCAAAUUUACCCAUCAACAUCUUCAAUCAGAACAAGAAGAAUGCAAUAAUUAUCAAAAAAGGAGCAAAUAUUUGCCAAUUUUAUGCUCAUCAUCAUCAACAAAACAAGCAGUGAUUAAGCUUUCAGAAGGGCGGCACAACCGUAGCGCCUCCGCAUCUUCAACCGUCUCCGAUGAGCCAUUAUCACCCAGAGUUGGUUGUAUGGGCCAAGUUAAGAGGAACAAUAAAGUUAAUGGGUUUCCAAGUAAGACUUUAAUUACAUAUAAUAAUACUAUUCCUAAUACUAAUCCCAUCAUAAAUGACCAAAUUAUUUCCAGUAAUAGUAUUGUUAAGUACCAUAAACUCAAGAAAUUCUUCUCUAGUAAAACUCUAAUUGGUAGUCCAACCAUUGUUACUGCUAAAAUGAGGACAGGGAGUGGGACCCACAAAGGGAAGAGUAUUCUAUGUACAAAUCAAAAUCAGUAUAGUAUUAAUCAGGGAAUAAGAAAUGGGUUCAGAAAGAUUAAUGAUGAUAAUAAUAGUAUGAAAGUAUCGAGAUGUAAAAAUAAGAUUGAUGAAAAUCUGUUGGGUAGUAAUGGAAAUGGAAAUGGAAAUGAAAAGGGUUGUUUGGUAAAUUUGGUUGAGUUAGAUCCGCCAUUGCCAGUGAUGAAGCAGAUACAGGGGAUUAAUAAUAGUAUUAAUAAUGGAGCAGAGAGUAUGAGUUUAUGGAAGAGAAGAUCUGGUGGGACUCCAUUAAAGAGUUUACAAGUUCAAGUUACUCCUCAAAGUUGUACUCCUAAUUUUUUAUUAGAAGCUUCUACUGUAUGAGUUUUGAUCAUCACAAGAAAAUUAUUAUAAUUAUGAUUUAUUAACUCUGUAUAUUGUAAAUGAAAUUGUUUUAUUUUUUACUGUUUCUUUUUAUUUUACUGUUGGGGUUUAAUAUAUCAGAAAUUUAGAUCUUAUACGGCUUGCCUUUACUACUCCUUCCUUUUAUAAAGGGAACAUUUGAUAUAAGAUGAAUUAUGUGGAUGAAAUUAAAAGUAUAUUUGAACUAUAAGAUUAAACCAUUUAAUUUAUUUUUGAACAAUAAAAUGAUAUUUUUUUCUGUUUAUA